UUCACACCUGCCCUGGCCGCCGAGCACAGCACGAUAACACAGCAGCCGUCAAUGGACAAAUGCUGUAGCAAGGAUCAUGGUGGGGAAAAGUCUAGUGACUUUAGUUGUUCUAAUUUGUUGCAUCGUUGGAACCGAGAACAAUCAAGAUAUUUUCAACGGACGGACAUCUAAACUUUCCAGCUACACGGUUGUGAAGCCUCAGCUUAUUCAGAGGAGAUGGGCAAGAGAUGCAGACAGACUUCCUGACUCGGGAAAGACUCAAGAACCUGAGAGGCUUUCUUAUUCGUUGAUCAUUGACGACAAGGAACACUUCCUCCAUCUAAAAAAGAACACAGAGUUUUUAUCCGAAAGCUUUGUUCAGUUUUCCGAUGAUGACAGUGGGAAUCUGACGCCUACAUAUCCUAAGCCCGAUGUCCAUUGUUAUUACCAUGGCGAUGUGGAGGAUCAUGAAGACUCUCUGGUCGCCCUCAGCACCUGCUCAGGUCUCAGGGGUGUCAUUCUCCUUGGCAACCAGAGUUAUGGGCUUGAACCAGUCAAGCAGUCGACAAAUAAUGAGCACCUCCUCUACCGCCUGGAGCACAGCCAAUCAGAGCCCUUUGUCUGCGGAGUGACCAAUGAGACGUCGCACACUGAGAGUCACUCACCCUUCGACCCCUCCCUCUCGAUGACGGCACUUUUACGGAGAAAACGUAAUUUACCUCAGACCAGAUAUGUCGAGUUGGUGUUGGUUGCUGACUUUCUCAGGUAUACCUACAAGAAGAAGAACGAGACAGCGGUGCGACAGGAGAUGGUGGAACUAGCCAAUCUGCUGGAUGGGUACUAUAAGAAGCUGAAUAUCCGCGUGGUGUUGGUCGGCCUGGAGAUCUUUAAGGAAGCCAACCCCUUUAAUGUGGAAGGCUCUGCGGGGGAAGUGUUGGGACGUUUCGUCAAGUGGAGGGCGACGGAGCUGCUACCCCGGAUCAGGCAUGACGACGCGCAGCUCGUUGUUGGUCGGGCGGGUGCGUAUGCGGGAGGGGUCCUGGGCAUGGCGUUCGUGGGCACCGUGUGUUCUGCGGCCACCGCUGGAGGAAUCAAUGUGUAUGGUGGCGACAAUCUGGGCUACGUCUCCACUGUAGUGGCCCACGAGAUGGGCCAUAACCUGGGCAUGAAUCACGAUGACGGCCGCUGCACCUGUAAUGGAGGGAGCUGUGUCAUGGCUGCCACGGCAUCUGGAUCCACCCUCUUCAGUGGCUGUAGUGCCUCUGACUUUGAGCGUCUGGUCCUGCGUGGCGGAGGGAUGUGUCUGCUGAACCAGCCCUCCCAGUCAAACGUCAUCUCUGUUGCUAAGUGUGGCAACGGCAUGUUGGAGGAAGGAGAGGCGUGCGACUGUGGAACACCCCAGGAGUGUACCAAUAAGUGCUGUGACGCGGCCACCUGUAAGUUGACCUGGGGAUCGGCCUGCGCUCAGGGAAGCUGCUGCAAGGACUGCAAGAUCAGCGUGUCAGGGACACCGUGCAGGGGAUCUGUCAACACAUGUGACCUCCCAGAAUACUGCAACGGCUCCACAGCCUUCUGUCCCUCUGACUUCUAUAUCAUGGACGGGCUUCCCUGUGAGAAUGACGCAGCGUACUGUUACGAGGGCCGCUGCCAGACCUACGACUACCAAUGCAAAUUUCUCUUUGAAGAAGGUGCAAGAAAGGCAGCAGAUGUCUGCUUUCAGACUGCUAAUCUAAAGGGGGAUACGUUUGGGAACUGUGGAAUGACAUCGUCAGGGAACUAUGUGAAAUGUAGCUCGGCUAAUGCCAUGUGUGGGAAGGUGCAGUGCACUAAUGUAGACACCAACAAGCCCCCUCCUGGAGGCUCCGUCAGUAACCAGAUUAUAGAUGGCUCGUCAUGUGUCAACGCAGACUUUAACCUUGGCACUGAUGUUCUGGACCCUGCCUAUGUCCACCGGGGCAGCCCCUGUGCCAAGGGAAUGGCCUGUAUUGACUUCCAGUGUGUGAAUGCCUCAGCUCUACUGCCUGUGAACCUCCACUGUGAUGCCAAGAACACAUGUAACAGUCGGGGGGUGUGUAAUAACAAGGGGAACUGCCACUGUAUUGACGGCUGGGGACCUCCUUACUGUGCCAAGUCCGGGAGUGGGGGCAGUGUGGACAGCGGCCCUGCUCAGAUAGAUCACUCCCUGAGGGACGGCCUGCUGAUCUUCUUUCUGCUGGUGGUUCCCAUCCUGGUGCUCCUGGUGUUGGUGCUGCUCUAUGUGUUUAGAAGGGAUACCCUGGAACGAUGCCUCAAAGGACUGCGCUCAACAUGCUCGAGGUCAAAGAACACAGCGAAUGGCCAUGUCCCAAGACGAGCAACUCCACAGGCCCCAGCAACACAGGCCCCACCCCGUCAGGUAAACAGUUUUCCCAGCAACACAGGCCCCACCCCGUCAGCCAAUGCCUGCAUAUCCGCCAUCAGCUACCUCAGGUCCCAGGUAUGGAGAAAACUAUCGGAACAAACCUCCUGCCACCCAGCCACCUCUCCCCCAGCAAGGACCAGGGGUUCCCAAACCCAUCCCUCCCUCCCAAAUACCCUGACAGAAACACCCCUUUGGACAUAACACGGCUUUAACCUUAUUCCUUAUUGUAAAUUGCGUACAUUGUAUGUUCGUUUGUGGAUAUCUCAAUUUUUUAAAAUAAUUUUAUUGCAGGAACAUAAUUUGGUGACAGGGACUUAAGAUAUUCCUUUUUAUAUUGUACUAUGGAAAUGAAGGUAACAUUUUGUAAUAAAAAUAUACAUAUUGUUGAUAUUAAGUUUCAAUAAGGCUCAAAAUGUAAUUUUAUGAGCCGUUACAAUAUUUGUUUAUAUUUAAAUGUGUUGCUUUAAAUGUUACUCAUAAUAAAUAUUGACUAUAAGA